UCCUUUAGCUUCCGAAAGUCGAUUUGAACUCUAAGACAUGUUUAAUGUGCAUGAAAUUCUUUGUUUGGUGCAUCUACCAUCUUAACCCUGGAAUGCGUGUAGAAUUUGGUCUUUACUAGAUCCUUGUUUCUGCUUGUUAGUAAUGUCAGUCCGUGUAGAAUCUUGAUCUGUUAUUAUUUCAAAAAGAAAGCCGUCUUAAAGUCUUGGUCUGUGUAAGUCUUUUCUCGCUUUGUUUCUCUUUGGGACGUUUUUGUUUGUUCCCAAUGUGGUGAAUAAUCAACUCGUUCUAGUUGUUCAAGAUGUGUGAGACCAAUCUCAAGGCGAGCAACAUUUUUUAAUCUGUAUGUUGUUUUACUGGCUGUAUAUAUUGCGUCAUGGUCCUUGUUAUUCACAUGAAACAAUCUGGUACUGCCGCAUAGUACUUGUUUCCGGCAAGAUAUUUCUUUCUAUUUUGCAGCCUUGCAUCUCAGUGCCACAAGGUGUCGAUAGCUAUCCACGUGUCGAUUUGGACAAGGAGGACGACUUAAUGGCAGACAAGAUGGAACCAGUACUUAAUCCGGAGUACCCAGAGACAACUGAGACAUGUAUCGGUUCUUCUUCGUUUCUUAUAAGCAUCAGUUGUACAAUGCUGGUGCGGCUGAUGGACGAUGGAUGGCUAGCUGCUCGGCAUGAUCUUGGUCACUGCCUCACUGCAGCAGUAGCCUGCUGCUCCAGGAAGCCACCAGCAGAGGAUGGAUGGCAAGGCUCUUGCUUAUCCAAUGUAGACCAAAUGCGUCGCUGGUAAGCGAUGAUGAGGUGGUGUUACUCGAACCCUCCAGCAGAGGACGGAGGAGCUGGCUGGUCUGCAGCAUGGUGCACCCUUUUGUUGUUGCUGCAUGUUGACGACCUAUGAGGGGUCGAUUUGUGAGCGGAUGAUGAGUCGAGCGGUGGUGUUAUUAUUAUUAUUAUUAUUAUUAUUAUUAUUAUUAUUUUACUGUUUUUGAUGUCUGAUAGUGAAGUCAAGACGUCAUAUAGUUCCAUGGUCUUGCUGUCUAACGUGGAGCUAAAAAAAAGGGCAAAUGAAAUUGGAAAAUUUCAAGUUUCAAA